AUGCUUCCUAGAAAUAUCCGUACUGCUAGCUUCUCCGCUGGAGAUGAUCUGGAUUGUCCCACUACAGGAGAACGCAGUUCACACAGCCAUCCACAGGGCUUCCCACAGAAUAAAACAUCUGGGCACAUCUCGAAAAAUGUUUCAGGCCUACCUCUGAGCAUUACAGAAAAUUCCUUGAUAGUCUCGAAUUCAGAAUCCACACCGCACAGGAAGGAAGACGGGAUAAGGCAGAAUACAGUUAAGGAUGCAAAAUUCCUUCCUAAGAAACGCAAAUGGGGACCCCACAUACCUCCAGUUGGUAAUAUUGAUAUGGCCGAGGCUUACAUAGCACAGAAGGAAUGCUAUGAGCAGCAGAAGUUGAUCGCUGCAGACAGGCUCAAGGUGCAACGGUUGCGUGCAACGAUGUGGGAGCAGAGAGAAGAGGAAACGGCUUUAAGGGAUUCGAUCAGAAGUCAUCUCAGUAAUAUCACAUGCUGCAAUUGCCAAUCUACUGCAGAGCUCAUUGAAAAGGAUUACGCUGCUCUCCGGUCAAUCGCACACUAUUAUUUGGAUUUGGAAUACCAGUAUAACCAGUCUGAGGAUGACUUGGAGGAGCUUGAACACGAACUUACCCGCUCAGCCGCCCGACUUAGCCGCCUGUUCCACCCGGUCGAUGAUAGGAAACCCCAAGGCGUUAGGACUGAUAGAGGGGCUGCGCGUCCUAUUUUCCAUUCUCGAAGCUUUGAUUCUCAAUCGGUCCCACUGACCACAUCUGAGAGGAAGGACUCGCAGCAGCAGCCUCAACCAGUCACAUCGCAGGUGCAGGAAUCCAUCCUCUUUAAUGAUGCAGAGAAAGACUCGGAUUCAUUUUCUCAAAGAAGCAUGAGUUCUGUAAGCCCAGAUCAUAGUUCACGACGAGAUUGGGACAAGACAGAAGCACGGCCACGCUAUGACAUCGCCGACUUUGAGUCCGACCUUGACGAGAUAGCCCAAAGUGCUCCAGGAUCCCCAAGGGAUGCAGCUCGCUCGUUCGGCGUGCGCAGUCAUUCUGCACCUGACCUAGUCAAAGACCCGUUCAAGUUGGAGUUAUAUGAAAAGUCCUCCCCUUUUGAACAGAAUGAUUUCGAUAGCCCUGAGUCGCCGUUUCAGCGACGUAAGUUCAUCGACAACUGGAUUCUUCACCAGGUUCGCACCUCCUCGCUGGAAAGUGCACGCUUGAGAUCCCAGCCCGAAUGGGAGACCUUACGCGCCCAAGGCUUGACCGAUGAAGAAAUCAGUCAAUUGGCUCUUGAAUGCUGGCACUCGCAUGACCCAGGAGCAGUGGUAUCUAGUGGUUCCACAAUCAAACCGUCUAGAAAAUCGGAACAAGCCAGCACUGUUAUAUGGCGCGGGACCUGCCGGUCUUUCAACCAUCGAAAGAGAACUAAUUCCAUGGCUUUUGGUGCUCGGCCACAGCUCCGCCGCAUGUCUCGCUAUGAUCCCGCCUGGCGUGGAUUUGGGCCUGAUGAUGAGGGCAGUCAGUCAGGGGACGCAGCUAAGGAGAAAGAGUGA